CGUCGACCACGCACGGCACGGCAGCAUAACUACAUUGCGCCCGGGGUGUGCUGUCAACUGCCUCAGCUCUUCAACAUGCACCGCAAUCGAGCUUUCUUUAAGAAAACAAGGAAGGGCAAGAUCCUUCGUGUGGUCUCGGACCACUACUUGCGGGAUGACAUCGGUUGCGGCUCCCUUGCUGGCAAACCAGUAUCAAACGACAAUCUGGUGCAGCUUGCCCAAGAAUCGGUGAUGAAGAGGUUCUUGGUUCUGGACACGAACGUGGUGCUGAACCAGAUGGACUUGCUCGAAAACCCAAGCCCCGCACUGUCGUGUGUGAUCGUCUUGCAGACUGUGAUGGAGGAGGCCCGCCACAACAAUCUGAGCCUGUUUCGUCGGCUGAAGCAUCUGCUGAAAGACGAUUCUCGUGUUUUCGUCUUCUUCGCGAACGAGCACCACUGCGAGACUUUCCCCGAAGAAAUCAAAGGGGAGUCGCCCAACGACCGGAACGACCGGGCCAUUCGUAUCGCCACGUCUUGGUUUUCCGAGCAGCUUGGCGACUCGAUAGCUGUGGUGCUUUUGACGAACGACAGAGGUAACCUCUCACUGGCUCAGGAUGCCAAGAUAUCAGCGAUGACCAUUCAUGCCUACGUCGAGUCGGUGCGGGGACAGUACCCGGAUUUAGCGGAACUCCUUGCUCCCGAGGAGUCAUCUGCUGCAGGCGACCCAACGCAGAGAACAGGAGGCCAGCGGGUUCUUCUGUUUGAAGAGCACAAACCCAUGUCUGAACUCACGGCAGGAAUUCGACAAGGCCGGUACUUUCAGGGGGCUCUGCGAGCGGAGCGGAGCAGCUCGAAUCGGUGCUAUGUCGUUGCGCAGGGUAUGCAGGACAAGGAGCGCAUCGCGGUGUACAUACGGGGUGCUCAAUGCAUCAACCGGGCGGUGGACGGUGACAUUGUGGCGUUCGAGCUACUACCCGAAGCAGAAUGGUGCUCCCAAGGUGGAGAGAUGGGAAUUCCAGAUAACAGGCCAACGGAAAACUUGGUGCCGGAGCCGACAGCUCAACCAGCGAUAGAGGAAAUCGAGAAGACGAAAAAACUGGAGGGGGCCGAGACGAGGCGGCCUUGCGGGCGAGUUGUGGGCAUCAUUCGACGGAAUUGGCGGGAGAAGCAGUACUGCGGGUCCCUGCGGGUCGAAGGAGACCGAGCGGUUGCGAGCGGCAAAGGCCAGUCAACGAGUGCUCUUUUCAUGCCUGUGGACAGGAAGAUCCCGUGGGUGCGCAUCCAAACCCGCCAACGAGACGUUCUGAGCACAAAAAGGAUCCUGGUGGCGAUGGACUCGUGGCCAGCAUGGUGCAAGUACCCUCUUGGCCACUACGUCAAAACCCUGGGAGAGAAGGGUGCCAAGGCCACCGAGACUGAGGUGAUUCUUCUCGAGCAUGAAAUACCUCAUGAGAGUUUUUCCGGCAAAGUGCUGGCUUGCCUGCCUCCUGAUGACUGGGCCAUCACCCCCGAGAAUUCAGAAGGUAGAAAGGACCUCCGCCACCUACCUGUGCUGAGCAUCGACCCGCCAGGCUGCAAAGACAUCGACGACGCCCUCCACGCCCGUCCGCUGGAAAACGGCAACCUGGAGGUUGGCGUUCACAUUGCCGAUGUGACACACUUCGUAGAAGCAGGCUCCGCCCUUGACCAAGAAGCCUCAUCGCGUAGCACUUCCACCUACCUGGUGGAGAGGCGGUUGGAUAUGCUGCCUGGAAUGCUCACCGAGACAUUGUGCUCGCUCAAGCCGAACGUCGAUAGGUUCGCAUUCAGCGUCAUCUGGGAAAUGACGCCGGCCGGAGUUAUUGUCGACGUCGACUUUUGCAAGUCCAUUAUCCACAGCGUGGCGGGAUUGACCUACAAUGAAGCGCAAUUGAUGCUAGACGACCCGAACAUCCAAGACGUCAAGGCCGAAAGCGUAAGGCGACUGAACGACCUCGCCAAGAUCUUCCGCAAAAGACGUCUGGAUUCUGGCGCGCUGACGCUGGCUUCACCAGAGGUGCGGUUUGUUCUAGACAGUGAGAGCCAAAACCCCACGGACGUGCAGAUGUACGCCCUGACGGAAACCAACGCUUUAGUCGAAGAGUUUAUGCUUCUGGCGAACAUCACCGUCGGCAAGAAGAUACUGCGGUGCGUUCCAACCCUAUUCUCAAACGCUUUCACCCUCACGGCGACGCUCUUGUUCAACAAGCGAAGAUGGGUUUAG